CUCGGUGAGGGGCGUGCCUUCGGUCAUAAAAAGCCACGGCGUCUCACCCGGGUUGCAUUUUGGUUUUCAAACCCGGCUCUGAUAGGAUCCUGAGAGCCCCCGGCCUUCCCCACAGCGCACCCCUAGCUGCCAGUCACUGCAGACUCGGAUCUCAGGGCAAGACUGGGUUUGCCGCCGCCGGGACAGGUCCGGAUCCAGACGAGGGUUUCGACCUUGUGGCUUCAACACGAGCUCCCAACUCCUCCCAACUCCGCCGCCCCAGCCAUGGCACAGAAACCCAAGAUAGACCCCCACGUCGGGCGGCUAGGCUACCUGCAGGCGCUGGUCACGGAGUUCCAGGAGACGGAGAGCCAAGACGCCAAGGAGCAAGUCCUCGCCAACCUUGCCAACUUCGCUUAUGACCCGGGCAACUACCAGUACCUACGGCAGCUACAAGUCCUGGACUUAUUCCUUGAUUCUCUGUCAGAAGAGAAUGAAAAUCUAGUCAAGUUUGCUAUCGGGGGGCUCUGCAACCUGUGUCCUGACAAGGCCAACAAGGAGCACAUCCUGCAAGCAGGCGGCAUCCCGCUCAUCAUCAGCUGCCUGUCCAGUCCCAACGAGGAGACCGUGCUAUCUGCUGUCACCACACUCAUGUUCCUCAACUCCCCGGGCCGCCGCUCCCGCCCGGAGCUGACCUCCCUGCCCGUGGUCCAGUGCAUGCUGCGCUUCUCUCUCUCGGCCAACACAAGGCUCCGGAACCUGGCCCAGAUAUUCCUAGAGGACUUCUGCUCCCCAAGCCAGGUGGCUGAGGCCCACAGCCAGGAGGCCCAUUCUGCCCUGGGUAUCCCACUGCCAAAGACUGAGGCCCCACAGCAGCCCUGAUCCAGGGAGCGAUCAAGACCCUGCCACUCCCUGCCCGAGACCAGUCCCAGCACAGGUCCAGGAGGCGGAAGGCUGACAGUGUCUGAGCCCAUCCUGCCCCAGCUGAGCAGGUGCACGCACUUGCAGUCUUGAUCCGACAGGCAUUUCCAUCCAGGAAAAGCAGUAGGAGUGAAGAGGCCAGAUUCGGUGCUUAGAGGAGAAAACCAAAGCUGGCACUCAAGAAACUCCAGACAGAAGACCAGCUCUGCCCCCAGUGCCCAGCUAAUACCCUCAUGUAAGAAACUCUACCUGAGCGGGAGAAGUGGCUAGCGGUUAAGAGACUGACUGCUCUCCCGAAGGUCCUGAGUUCAAAUCCCAGCAACCACAUGGUGGCUCACAACCAUCCGUAAUGAGAUAUGAUGCCCUCUCUGGAGUGUCUGAAGACAGCUGCAGUGUACUUACAAAUAAUAAAUCUUUAAAAGAAGAAGAAGAAGAGGAGGAGAAGAAGAAGAAGAAGCAGCUGUGCACCUGGAGACUGGCCAGCAGCGUGAGUGGCCAGCGUGAUGUUGAUGGAGCGAGAUGAAUCAGCCUAUGGUCGGGGAGACGCAGUGGUUAACUCCUCCGGUGUUGAGGCUGAGUAUCUGGGCGUGGUAGCGCUGACUUGGAUGGCUCUGCAGACCCCGAGUCAGCCGUCCACACAGCCCUGCCCUCUGCUAGGCACCCAGUGAGAACUGCAGAGGUUCAGGGGGUCACGGCUUAGUGAGUGUUAACUGAAUGGCCAUGGGGCCUGAGCAAGGCCCUGCAGGUGUGGGAGCAGACUGAAAGAGCACAGGGCACACCUUUUCCCACAGGAUGGGGAAGGCCCUACAUAGGUCCUGGGGUAUAGACAGCAAGACAGUGACUCAGCUGCCAAGUGUGACACCCCUGGCCCUUUGAAAGCAUUGCUCUGCCCCCUUUGCCUAUGGGUCGGGUCUUCUGACACUUGGGUGGGAGCCCUGAACGUGAACCCUUCACGGGCUUUCCCAGUCAGCUUCCUGCCAUGAGCUUGUCAUGAGGUGCUGUCGACCCCUUAGGAUCGAGGCAGACCUUCAGUAAGGACACUCAGAACUAGAUGUCAGAGGACUACGUGGGCUCAUUGGAUCCCUUGAGAAACAGAAGCAGGAAGAUAGAUGGGUCUGGUCCAGCCUACCCAGUGAGGCCCUGACCACAAAGGUCCCAUAGUGUCUAACAGACAGCAAGCUCCUAUAACUGCUGACCCUGCCCUCCUCUGCCAAUGAGAAGAAAAAAAAUUGGGACUGUGGGAAAAGUGAAAAGGGUAGGCCUGAUGAGAAGUAGGGGCUUAGGAAAAGUGGGGGCCCUGGUCACUCAGCAUUGACACCCCACCCCAAAAUGGCAACGAAAACUAGAGGAAGGAAAUCUACAAGGGCUGGAAGGGAGCUAUCCACACAGCCACUGGGUGAAGGGAGGGAGGGAACCUUAGCAGUGUGGCUAACUCUCCCCCAGGCAAAGGGUUUCAAAGAACCAAAGCCUUGUGUUUGGAUUUUAUUUUAUUAAAAAACCUGAUCUUUCCACCGUA